AUGCCUAAACGUUUUAUACGGAAUUAUGUUUUUGUUUUCCUUUUAUUAACUAAUAAUUUUACGAACAUUUUUUAUUUUGUGGAGAACAAGAAUUUUAAUGAUGUUUACACAAUUAAUGCAAAGUUUCUAAAAGACAUAAAAUUAAAGGAGGCCAAUAAAUUAAAACCCCAAUAUAAGAAUUAUAUUUUAAAAAAUAUAAAAAAAAAUAAAAAUAAUAUACGUAAUCGCGGAGGACAGAAAUAUAAUAGAAAUGAUAUAAAAAAAAAGGUUUACUCUAUUUAUUUCAACAAACAUUUUGAAAAUAUAUUUCACACGUAUACGAAAAUAUUUUGCGACAAAAAUAUAACUUAUUAUGGAAAGUCUGGUGGUUAUAAAAAAGUUGAAGGAUCUUUGGGCAGCACCCUUAGUUCUUAUGAAGAACAUACACAUAUAAAAGAACACCAUACGGAAAACAUAAAAAAUGUAAGAACUGUGCACAAUGUAGGAAAUACGCCAUUAAUAGCUAAUGAAAGAGCAUAUUUGAAAAAAGGAAAGAUGUAUUUCCCGGAGAUUUCCCGUAACUUUUUUAUUAAUUUAUCCAUCAGUAGCAGGAAAAGAAGAAAAAACAGAAGCUUCCAAAAUUAUCUAAGGAAGUACGAAGAAUUAUAUAAAAAAUUUACACCUGAAACAGAUGAAGAGCAAGAUAUUGAUGAUCAUGUUUCAAAAAACAGUCAUAAUAUGUCAAACAUUAUUAUUAAUGAGUGGUGUUUACGUAACAAUGAGAACAAAUAUAAUAUGACUUUAAUAUAUGACAGUUUAUCAAACUUACAUAAUAAUGAAUACCGGGAUGUAGAGAGUGUAAAUAAUUUUAUAAAAAAUAAUGAAAUAAUUGAAAAACAAGAAUGGGAAGAAAAGAAUAAUCCAUAUUUAACCUAUAAAUAUAUAUAUAAAUACAAAAACCCUAUUGACCAAAAAUAUAAUUUUUACAAAUAUGAAUAUUAUAUUCCAAAAUUGAUAACGUAUGAUGAAGAUAUUUCCACUGAGCCUAAAUUUGUACCUUCUAAUUUUAACUCUCCCAAGUGUUAUAAUAAUUCACCCAUAAAUUCUUUAACAACAAGCGGAUUUACUAGUAGAAAUAUUGACACGUUUGGUAAAGAAAGAAACAAAAUAUAUUCGUUUGAUACACCAAAUGAUGUUAAAAGGAAUAUAUACUUUAACAAUUUAUUGUUAAUUUCUUCAUCGUAUAAUCAACAUUUUUUUUCAAAUUUAACCUUUCUGUUAAAUUUACACACGUUACAAAUUUUAAUACGAGAUAAAACUGCCAUAGAAACAGACUACAUAAUUGAUAAAUUUGAUCAGUUAAAAGAAAAACUGAUAGAAAUAAAUGUAACCAAUUCUAAGAAAGGUGAAAAUUCUUUAAGUGUUAACCCAAGUAGUUCCGAAAAAAAACAAGCCCCUGUUAUCUCAUCAACCAAUACUAAUGUGCACUUGAACUUGAAAACUAUAAAUGAUGAGCUAAAUAGUACAGAAGAUGCAGAAAAAGGAGUCGAAAUCAACAAGAAUGUAUCAAAAAAAGACGAGAACGUCAAAAUAGAUAAGAUAGACACCAGCAAAAAUGAAGAUAUGCCCAGUGCUAACUACCAAAUGGACGAGGAAAUAUCUCGCCAUUUAACACACAAGAAAAGUUUAUUUGAUGAUCAAAUUCAAGUGUUUAAAACAAAAUAUAGUGAAAACGUUUUAGAAGAUAAAGAAUUUAUUAAAUUAUGGAAAUAUAAUAUGAACAGUGAAAUAAUAGAAAAUAUGAACAAAGUACCAUUACCAAAUAUAUACCUAAAUAUUGAUGACCCAAAAUAUUGCUUAUGGAAAAUUUUACAAAAUUCAGGAAAAAGUGCAUUCAAAGAAAUUCCUACACCAAAUCGAAAAUUAGAAGCAUGGAGACAACAAUUAAACCUAAAAGAUUUCUAUAAACAAAACUUUGAUACUAGUAUUAGCUUAAGGAAUAUAUCAAAAGAAGAACUAAUUAAUUUUAAGAUGAAAAUACUCAAUACUUCUCAUCAGGAAGAUAAAAAUGUGAAAGGAUUUAAAAAUGAAAAUGAGCAAGGAUCAUAUGAUAAAAAUAGUUUAAAUACACCAAAACAGGAAAAGAAAAAGCAUCAUGAUGGUAAUUAUGAGGAUGCCUCGGAAAUUACUACAUUACAUCAACGUGAUGAAAAAUAUAAAAACCGUAAUAAUGCAGAAACACCCGAUGGAGAUGUUAUAAAGGAAAAUCAUUAUAGAGAUGAUGGAAAAGUAUUGGGAGGUAAUGAAAAAUCUUUAAAGGAACAGCCAUAUUUAACUACAAAUAUGAACAAAGAGAUUAUCAAUUCAAGUUAUAAUAAAGAUACAGAAAUUAGUAAGUGCAAACGCAAAUAUAAAGAUGCAUUUUAUACAUUAGUCGUAAGGGAUGGAAUUGUUGACGAAUAUUUAUCAGAUGAUAUAAGUAUUUUAAAGAAUUUAAAUAAUGAAUUGAAGAAAUCAGCAGAGAAAAAUUCAGAAAACGAAAACGAAUUACAUGAAACUAGCAAAAAUGAUAACAUAGAAGAAAAAACAAAAAAAAGCAAAAUAUUUGUAGGUAGCUUUUUUAACAUAAAAGAUGUCGAAGUAGAAUACUUGAUCAAUAAAGAAUUAUAUUUUAUACCUGAACAUUCUAAUUGGUAUAAAAAAAAUACACAACCUUUUGUUAGGGGUCAAAUAGGAAAACAAUCAAGAAAAUUUGACAAUGAUUACCCAAUUUAUGAUUAUAGAAAAAGUGACUUUGGUAUGGCCAAAUUUUCCUCUUUAAAUUUAGCCUCAAUUAAGGAUUGUGCAGUUGUUUAUCUAGAUAAAGAUAUUGAUUUAAGUGAUAAAUUUUUUCAUAUCAUAUUUAUAUCAACAUCUAAAAAUGAAGAUGAUCAUGUUAAUAAUAAAGAGUCCGAAUACACUGUCUAUGAAAAUGCACCUCUAUGUGUAGAUGCGCAAGAUACAAAUAAAACUUCUGAAGGUCUAACUAAAGGGGAAAAAGAAGAUAAUGACAGUAAUAGCAGCAAAAGUGAAAAUGUUCAAUAUGAUGAUACCCAUACACGUAUUAAUUUAAGCGGGAAUGAAAAAGAAAUUUCGGGAAAAGAAAAAAGAAAAUAUGCAGAAAAAGAACUGACCAAUUAUAUGUAUAGUCCAAUAACUAACCCAAGACUAGUAGUAUACAUUAAAGCAAAUAGUAAAAUUAAUAUUUAUGAAUCUCAUAUAUCUUUAAACAAUAAUAACAGUGGUCUUGUUAAUGCCUUCUCUAGAAUUUGCAUGGAAGCAAAAUCAAAUGUGAAGCAUACAAUGUCUCAAGAAUUGGGUAAGUACGUUUGGCACUUUCACAAUGUUUCAGUAAAAAAUGGACUUGAAGCAAAUUAUAAAUUUGUUGAUAUCCUUUUAGGUAGUAAGUCAUCACGUGUUAAUUUGCAAAUAGAAGGUGAAAAAGGAUGUAAACAAGAAAGCUAUGGUUUAUCAUUGUUAGAAGACAAACAAAACAUUAGUCAAUAUGAAAUGUUUCAUCAUGAACAUCCAUAUAUGGAGACCAACCAGUUAUUUAAGUUUUUAGUCUCUGAAAAAGCACAUGCUGUAUGGAGAAGUAGAGGUAGAAUUGAAAGAGAUGCAAUUAAGGCCAAGUUAAAUACUUUAUGUAGAUCUGUGUUAUUAAAUUUUGGAGCUAGUGCUGUAGCUAUUCCUACUUUAGAAAUUAUUCCAAGUGAUAUAGAAUAUGCAAAUCACGGGGCAACCAUAAGUGAUUUAGAAGAAGAACCAAUAUUUUCUUUAAUGACAAGAGGAAUAAACGAAAAAAUUGCAAGAGAAAUUAUUAUGAAAUCCUUUGUUAAUGAAAUUCUUGAACAUAUAUCUGAUGAGAAUCUUAAAGAAAGAGUUAUCCAAAAGGUUAUGAAAUUUUCCACAAAGUACAAAAAAGUACCUCUUCCAGACUUUAUUAUGAAAAAAAAAAGAUCAUUAUGCACACCUUCUAAAUAA